ACCUAAACUAAUUUGUUUGAUAAUCUGGUUUGGAAAGUGGAAACAAAAGCACCCUUACGCUUCGGCUCGACCGGAUUCCGCCUGUGCUCACGAGGGUUCGGGGACGCACGCCACCCGCAAAUCGCCGCCCUCUUUCGUAUCGGCCAAGUAUACUCACCGAGCCGACGGCUUGAACAUAAACCAGCGAUUGCCUCACGCCUCGGCCUGUUGCACUGCUCCAGGCGACGCCGAUGUCGAUCUUCGAGUACAAUGGAAGCGCUUUGGUGGCGAUGGUGGGGAAAGACUGUUUUGCUAUUGCUAGUGAUCGGCGCCUCGGAGUUCAGCUCCAAACCAUCGCCACGGAUUUCAGGAGGAUUUAUAAGAUACAUGACAAGCUAUACAUCGGUCUUUCCGGCCUCGCCACCGACGCACAGACCCUGUAUCAAAGGCUGGUCUUUCGACACAAGCUGUAUCAGCUUCGUGAGGAGAGGGAUAUGAAACCGGAGACGUUUGCUAGUCUUGUAUCUGCUCUACUAUAUGAGAAAAGAUUUGGCCCAUAUUUUUGCCAACCAGUAAUUGCGGGAUUGGGAGAUGACAACAAACCUUUCAUUUGCACAAUGGAUUCCAUUGGUGCCAAGGAACUUGCGAAGGACUUUGUUGUUGCUGGAACAGCAGCCGAGUCACUCUAUGGUGCUUGUGAGUCCAUGUACAAGCCUGACAUGGAACCUGAAGAACUUUUUGAGAUUAUUUCACAAGCAUUACUAGCAUCUGUGGAUCGUGAUUGCUUAAGUGGAUGGGGUGGCCACGUCCUGCUUGUGACACCAACUGAAGUGCAGGAAAGGACACUAAAAGGAAGAAUGGAUUAAACUUGAUUGAUCUGUGGAAUAAUGAAUCCAAACGGUUACUUUUCUUCCCUACGAUGCCGCCUUUUUAGUUUAAAAAGAUUUGCCAAAAAACUUUCUGUUCUAUAAGAACGCAUCUUAUUAUCUGGGAUUCAGAUUUUCUGUUCUUCAGGUGUUCAUUUUGUACUGAAACUAUUCUGUUAAAUUUUUAUGCAUUUAGUUACGAUUUCUGUUUCUUUUUAUUUUAUUUUAUUUAUUUUUUAUCA